AUGAGUGAAAAAAAAUUAAAAGCUGCUGUUGUUAUGUCAGGAUGUGGUCAUCUUGAUGGAACAGAAAUAAAAGAAGCUGUUUUAAGCUUACUAGUGCUUGAUCAACAAGAAGUAAAUAUUACAUGUUUUGCACCUGAUAUUAGCAUCCCACAAGUUAUAAAUCAUAAAACAAGAGAAGCAACAAAAGAGAAAAGAAAUGCACUUAUAGAAACCGCAAGAAUUGCAAGAGGUGAAGUAUAUGACUUAAAAGAAGCUAAAGCUGAAGAUUUUGAUAUGUUAAUUGUACCCGGAGGAUAUGGAGUUGCAAAAAAUUUAUCCAGCUUAGAUGAAAAUAAAGGCACAAUAACAGUAAUACCUGAAUUUAGAAA